UGAUUUUUUUUUUGUACAAAUAUUUUUUAUCACUAUAUUGUAAAUAGACUUAAUAGAAGUAACCCUCGAGUUUGGACGCAAUAAAAACAGUUUUAGGUUUUUUUUUAAUUACAACAUUGCCCCCUAGUGGUUCAUGCUUCUAUUUACAAAGUGUGUGCGCAUGUGUUUGCGGAUGUGUGAGAACGAGAGUUUAAAAGCUUAAGGAUUAGCUGGCCUCUGUUUUAAGUAACCUUGGCAUUCAAAACAGCAAACAUCAGCGUGAGUGUCCAGCGAGACGACCACGAGAGCGUGCUGAUGGUGAAAGAAGACAGUCGUCAUGACGCACAUGGAGGAGGAUGGCGUCAUUGAGUUGUUGUCCAUGGUGGUGGAGAAUGUCAACGAGGCGGUCAGCAGAAACGUCAUUGGCGCUCAUCUCCUUCAUGAACUCCUGAGCACUCAGUGGCUGCAUGCCCUGCUGCAGAUUUACGAGUGCCUGUUGACGUUCAAAAGACUCUGGCCCCGCCCUUUCCUGUCUCAUGCCUCAGCACUCUCACGUGAGGUUGUCGGCGUCCUGCAUACGGUCCAGACUCCUUCUGUGGAGGCCACAGAGCUUCAGAUCCUCCUGAGCUCUCCGCACAUGAAGGCCCUGUUGUCCUGUCACGACGCUGUGGCUCAAGCCGACUUUGGACCCGUCCUGGCGCCACUACCUGACGGGUUGCCUGUAGAUGAGGAGGUCGUGAGGAUUGUUUGUCUGGCAAAGAAUGAACAACCUCUGGGGGCCACCAUAAGGAAGGACAAGGAGACAGGCGAGAUCUUUAUCGCCAGGGUGAUUCGUGGAGGACUUGCAGACCGCAGCGGUCUACUCCAUCCUGGAGAUCUUCUGGUGGAGGUGGACGGAAAGCCAGUGGUGGGGUUGGAACCAGAGCAGGUCAUCCAGAUUCUGAUGAGGUCUGAGGGCACCAUCCUGUUCAAAGUAGUUCCAAACACUUCCCAGCUGAGCAGCAUCAACAAACCAGUCUACAUGAGGGCCAUGGUGGACUACUGCCCCCUGCAGGACUCAUCCAUACCGUGCCCGGAUGUGGGAGUUUUCUUCAGUAAGGGGGAAGUGCUGGAGGUCUUGGACCAGACAGAUGGACAGUGGUGGCAAGCUCGGAAGAUCACCAGCUCCGCCUCCUUUGCCGGAUUGAUUCCAUCAGCUGCCACGUUGAAGAGUAAGCAGAAGGAGCAGAGGGAUCAUAACGAGUGUAAGGAUGAUAAGGACGAGGGUGGCGGCGGAGGCAGCAGCGCAGGUGAGGAUCAUCUCAUUACAUCACCGCCAGUCAUGCACGGAGCUGUCGCGAAUACUUCAACACUACGUUUGUCCCCUCAUGCUGCUGAAGUCACCGUAACUGAUAAAGAGGUGGAGCCUCAAGAAAAAUGCACUUCAGAUCAGGAAGAAACACAUUUUGAGUCAGAAGCGUCAGACUUUCCUGAUGGACUCUACCUCGCGGGUUUCCGGCGUAGUUUCUGUCUGUUGAGGAGGUCGCUGUCCAAGAGGAGGCGUCGGUCCAGCACCACCAUCACCGCCUACUGCGCCAACGUGGCCACGCCCUACGAGGAAGUGGUCCUCUACCGACGACCCCCAGGGGAUCACCACCGGCUCAUCAUCCUCGUGGGCGCGUCAGGGGUAGGCAUCAACGAGCUGAGAAAGACUCUCAUCAAACUCAACCCGGACACAUAUGAAGGACCCAUACCACACACCACCCGAUCAAUCAGAGCGUGGGAGCAGACAGGCAGAGAGUACCACUUUGUCAACAAAGAGCUCUUUGAAUACAUGGUGUGCAGCCACAGGUUUGUGCAAUACGGCGAGUUUAAGGGCCACAACUACGGGACCAGCAUCGAUGCCAUCAAUGAGGUCAUCAAACGGGGACAUGUGUGCAUUAUUGACAUCGAACCACAUAACAUUCCUCCUCUGAGGACCAGGAUGUACAAGCCGUACGUGAUCUUCAUCAAAGCUCCCAGCUUGGAGAAACUCGCACAAACUAGAGGGAACGCCAGAAUGAUUUGCAGUUACCUGCACAGCAGAUACAUCACUAAACAGGACCUUGUGGACCUGUCGGAGUCGUCUCGGCAGAUGGAGCACAAGUACAAACAUUUGUUUGACGAGGCGCUAGUCAACGAGCAGCUAAGCGACACCUGUGCUAAGCUACACGCCGCGGUCCAGCGAGCGCAGGAAGACGCAAACUGGAUACCCGUCAGUUGGACCCAGCGCUGGAGUAGCUGAAUGCUAAAGAUGGACUAGCCUCACAGGAAGC